GAAAAGUAGUCCAAUAUUACUGACGGACCAACAUGGCGGAUAAACAAUGCUUCUCAAGUCAAAGGGGACGCAUUUAAACCAAAUUUAAUUAUAUUUUUCAUGUAUGAAGAAUAUAAGCACAAAAUAAAACAAAAUCCACUAGCUCUUUCCGGUGUCUAUGUCAACAUAUUCUGUACGGUAACAAAUAACCGGACAACGGAUAUACACGUUAGCUAUCUUAACGUUAGUUAACGUCACAUUGGGUGUCUAUCCAGAGCUAACGUUAACUGGAAACACAUUAGCAAGCUGCUUAAAGGGAUAAUUAUGUGGGGCGAAAUCGAGCCUCCCGUUAAAACACAGCCGAGGCCGUGUGAGAGUGAAGAGGAGAGUAAAUUACCUGAAGAACCGGUGGCACAGCCCUGCAGAUGGGACUUAAACCGCCCCGCAGACCCACGGCCGCCACGGCCGCCACGGUCGCCACGGCAGGACCCCCAGUACGUGAGCCAGGCAGAGUCCACUUGUGUAAAUGAGAUGGUGGAAGCCAUCGCUAAGAGUGGAAGUCCAGUGAAGAGCCAGCAGAUAGGAGAGGCUGAACUGACCCUGGAGGAGCGCAGAGAGGAGCUGCUGCAUCAGUACAGCAGCAGGCCGCUGGUGUUCCUGGAGAGGUACCAUGCCUGCCUCAAGCCCCCGAACCUGUCAGCCUUUGCCCACGUCUGCUCAGAUCCACGGGUUCAGCACUACAGCAAAGUGAUACAGAGACGAGCUGCGGCAUGCACCAACAGGACCAGGGUUCGAAACCAGCGCUACGCCGCCCUCAGGGCCCUGCAGAGGGAGGGACAGUAUUUCAGUGAGGAACAGAUGCGAAUGAGGGAGCCGCUGCUGUAUGAGCAAUAUAUCGGCCAGUACCUGACUGACGAGGAGGUGCUGGAGCGCUCCCAGGAGGCCAUGCAAGACAGUGCACAGGGGGAACCAGGGGGAGGCACAGGAGGGCUCGCCCACCUCCUCCUCAACUCCUACCAGGAGCGUCUCAUCCAGAAUCGUCUGCAGGAGGAGCAGGAGAGAGAGGAAGGAGCACAGGAGGAGGAGGAGGAUGAAGAUGAUGAUGAUAACAGUGUCCGGCAGCAGGAAGGGGAGCCCACCGCGGAGGAGAAGGCGCUGCUCAGGGAGGAGUUCAUCAGUCAGAUGCACCAGCGCUUCCUAGAUGGCAAAGACAAGGAUUUCAACUACAGCGAGGUGGAUGAGAACCCAGACUAUGACAACUUGGACAUAGUCAGCAGAGAUGCAGAGGAUAAAUACUUUGAUGAAGAUGAUGAUGAAGAGGAGGAAGAAGAGGUGGAACAUGGUGAAGAGGAAGAAAAUAUGACAGAAUAGUGGCCGUAGUAGCAACAACUGUUUCACACUCACUGCUUUGGUUGAACUGUAAAUACAAAUGUACAAAAUACAAAAAAGUGUACGAAUUCUAUUUUUUAACGUCACACAUGAAUGCAAAUAUAGUUGAUAAUAAAUUUUUUUGGCAUUUGUAUGAA